AUGGCUUCGUCAGGCGAGCGCUCUCACGACUGGUCCUUCGACGGUUUUUACACCAAUCAAGAUGAUCAAUGGAGCGUCCAUUACCUUUUCCCUAAGAUCGGCAAGAAAGCCAGUGAAGCAUUCGUCCAAUUCCUUCAGGAUCGGGGCAUAACAACGCCUACGCUAGACGAUAGCGUCGAGCAAUAUCUCAAGCUGCAAACGACGCUCUGGAAGAAGCCCUCUCGCGUUGCAAAGCCAGGCCAUCAGUCUUUGAGGUUUAAGAGUGCUGCCCAAAGCUUUCGCUGGAGCUAUGAUCAGGUUCUCGCUGAGCAUGCAGAGGUUGUCUCACAGGUCCUCGAAGGAAGAGGAUCCGGAACACGAUAUCAAACAAUGUGCGACGUCAUCUUCAUCCUCAAUGACAAUUCCAAGAAACCCUGCGGCAACCCCUCCUGUCCUACUACAGAGAGAAAGGUCACUGGACAAGUUCAAUCCUCUCGUGUCGUCACACUCGAGCCGCUACUUGACUGGGGAACUGUUGAGCCGGCCUCAGACAUCAUUGUAGCUGCCGGUAGGAUCUUCCCAUUUCGCCGUAGUGGACCACGGAUGAAGGAUCCGUUGUGGACACAGGUGGUUAGGAAGCUGGUGCCUCAGCAGCUACCCACCUACUGUCUGGGCUGCAUCGAAGAACUUGUUGACAGACAUGCGGAGGUGCGUCUCGUCGAACAUUUUGUAUAUGGGCCUGUCGGUCAACCUCAAGGAGCUGAACACUUCCAUUCCCUAAUACGGCCUAUUCGGCGCCCUACAUCGAAGGAAGAUUUGUACGAUCUGAGGGAGGGUGGCGGCUUGAGGGACGAUUGGAGCGCUGAAGGGCUGGCCUGCUCAACUACUGGCUCGCUAUAUCUCGAUGGCGCCCCAUACGAAAUUCCACAUACAAAGCCCGUUGAUUACACGUCCUAUCACAGUCUCAGCAUCUUCCCUACGCUCAAGGAUCGCGAGGCCUCAUGGACAAGUGCGUACAAUGUUCUCUUCGUUGGGAACACAAGGAGCGCUGGUGAACCGCUUUCUCCACAGUGCUCUCCACGCUCUUUCACAACUCCGCUGGAUUCAACUAGUUUCAACUGUGUCUACUCCCCACUCCCAUCCUUGGGCUUCCCUUACAACACUCCGCCGCUGACUCCUGAUAACCCAAAGACGCGCAUCUACGUCCAUCGAGAUCCUGAGUCUGUACAACACGAAGAUUACGAAAAGCUCGGCAGCAAGACACUGCUACCAGACAGUAUCCCGGAUUUCGGCAGUGGUAGUCGCAGGUUCGGUCGCGAUAUCGAUACUAACGCUGUCCGCGGCUUCUUCACCGAUCACCGCGUACGGCGAGAAAACAUGGCCAGAGCGAAGGGCACCGACAUCCGCAACUUCUUUACGGUGAUCAAUCCCGAGGGCCCGUCGACACCUCAACGCACGGUCAAGACCAAGAACGUUGAUGGCAACGAUACGGACCUGAGCGAUGUACCGUCCGACAUAUCAGAACAGGAAUAUGACCCAUUCGGACCGGGCGGCGAGUAUACGCCUGUGAAGGGCAAAACAGCGUCGAACAAGAAAACGCCAAGCCCUCCGACAAAGCCCGCAGGCAAGAAACACUCACCAAGGGCGCCCAUGUACCGCAAACGCGACCCAGCCGCCGAUAAUACCGUCCCAUUUGGGGUCACCAAAGAAGCCUUCGAAACCCACCUCCAGCAUCUUCCCGCCAAAACCGACCUAAUCUGCUCUUGCCGCAAACCCGCUCGCACUAACGAGGUCCAGAUCACACAGUGUAUGAACAAGGACUGCAGAGUGCGCUGGUACCACAAGGACUGUCUCGAUAGAAUUGGCAAGUUGAAAGCUAGACACGGAACGUACUUCUGCGAGCAGUGCCAAAACGAGAAGUACUAUACAGAUCUAUCUCGGGCGAACGGAUGGAGUACGAAGAGACUGGUGCAGAAUGAGAUUGGAAUGUCGUUUACGGGACAAGGGAUGGCGGGCACGUUUGGUAAUACCGGCGACUUCCAAGCUACGGAAAAUCCGUAUGGUUUUGGGACGUCGGCUUCAAGUGCGCUAUCUCCAUCGGCUGAACCUUUCGUCCCGAACAGUGCGGCGGCGUUGAGUCGUCUUGCUGUGGGCUCCGAGCCUUCUCUUGGCCUGGCGACUUCGCGGCCGUAUUUCGUGAACGAAGCUUAUACUCGUGGACAGGAGCAUGCGCGCAUUGCGGACGAAGACUAUGAGCAUGCACGACUGUAUGGAUGUUACCCUGAGAGGUGGGAUGAGGAUGGUAAUGACGGCGAUGACGAGGACGGUUACGGUGAAGAUGAAGAUGAGGAGAUGGAUCAGACAUCAUAG